AAUCCAUUCCAUAUUUUGCAUUUUGAUCUACAAUUACUAGUGUGCUACUUCUAAACAUAAACAAGUUAAGUACCAAAACCAAUUAACCAUGGCAAGCCAAGGACGUGACAACCUUCACAGCAUCCAAAUCCCCGGCCAAGCUCAGAUGAGAAGGGAAGACAUGGUGAAUCAACCAUCUGACAUCCAUAACCAAAGCCAAGCAACCAACUUGCUUCAAGAGACGGGGACACAAGUGAAGAACAUAGCACACGGAGCAGCAGAUAUGGCUCAAGGAGCAGCAGGAAGUGCAGUGAACAUGGCUCGAGGAGCUGCAACUGGUGCAGCAAACCUUGCGACAGGUGCAGCUGGUGCAGUCAAGAACACUCUAGGAAUAAAUCCUGAUUCCCACAACACCACUGACACUGCUACUGGUGGCAACUAUUUCAAUCAUCCAGGCACCAUCAACUACAAUGAUGCAAAUACUAACACCACUGUUCCAGGCGAUACUAAUUACCCUGGCAGCUUGAACUAUCCCAACAACUCAAUCAAUCCUAGUACCGGCAUUUAAACUGUCAUUCGAGAAUUCUUGUCAUAGUUUUGAUUAUUGGGAUUCGUAAUUUUUCUUCCCUGUUUUGUUUGCUUCUGUUUUUUAUUCUUUUUUAGGGGAGAUUGCAGACUGGAGGACGUGUCCCUCUAAUCUCAAUCUUCCAUUCUUUUCCUGGUAUAAAAUAAGCUUCAAUAGAUGUUUUUUCUCAGAGACUACAUUGUCAAGUUGAAAGAUGUUGAUUGACCUGCGGAUUUUAUUUAACCUUGUUAAUUUA